GGCAAAAGCAGAGACUGAGCCAGCCACAAGAAGAGUGGCAGAGGCUUCCUGUGUUUGGGGAAUGAUGGGGGACUGUGAACCAAUAAGAGACCAGUGGUGAGGAUGCAACUGUGAUCCAGGAAAAAACAGACCAUUGUUCCUGGGAACUUGAAGAAGUGUGACCUCCCUCCACUUGCCGGCUCUCUCCAUACUUGGCCCUGCGGCACACCAAAGAACUGGGAAGCCCUUUGACAAGCAAGGUACUCAUGUCAGAAUGAGUGGAGGAGUCAAUGUGAAGUCAGCCCCCCGUGGGUCUUCCUCAUCAGGAAUCCCUCUCCCCCGCAGUCUUGUGACCAAUUCUCCGAAAACAGAUCCCCGUCGCCAAACUCGUGACUUGCCCAGGCCCUCAAUUCAGUCCCCAAAACACACCCCUAUGCAUACACUCACCCACUCUCCUUCUCUUUGCUCACAAAACUCUGUCAUUCCUGGCCCUUCUUCCAGGGAGCACCAGAAAGAUGGGGGCCUGAAAAGCCAACUCUAUCAGCGGACGCACGUGUCACGUUCAGCCUACAGUAGCCCGGUGGUCCAGCGCAAAGUAUCAUCUUCACACUCUAAAGACACCAUGGAUCUUCAAAAAACUUUUCCAGCUCACAUCCCUUCACAUUUAGUGCAUGAUGGGAAUCAUAACAGAAGUAACAUCAUUAAUAAGAACCAAGCCAACAACCUGCAUCCACCUUUCCGUUUCAGAGGAGGUGAAAACUCCAACACAACUCAGAAAAUGAGUCACAAUAUGCCAGCAAGGGGAGGAAAUCCCCCUAAAAAACAGCCAAUCGAGUCCAGUUUUGCAAAAAACGGGAAUAUUCAUUCCAGUCCUGCUCAGUCAGGCUGCAAACACUCUUUUAGAGACCACAGUGGCUCCAUAAGCCAGUCAGACGAGGAGAUGGGGACUCCUGAGGACAGCAGUUCAGCCUCCUCUCCUGAUCCUCUUCCACUUCCACUCAUUACAUUUGACAUGCCAGUAAUAUCCAGUGUUUAUGAACAGGAACACCACUUGCCCAAAGAGUCUACAGAGACACACAUAACCAGAGUCAACAUGGCAGCUGUGGCUCCGUUUAGUUACAGGCUGAGGAUACAGGAGAGUGAUUUCUCUCUGGAGGAACUAAGUGACUGCUCAUCUGGAUCUAUUGAAGUGUGCUGCGAUGACCUAACUACAGUCCAUUGA